GCGUGCUAGCGCUACAGACUGCGUCUCCCUGGCAGAUGUGUGUUUUUGUUAUGAAUCGAGUGUCCGCUCGUCUUGUUCGCCGGAGCUUUGGGACUGUAUCGGCGCGAGACUAGAUUACGGGCUGUGCUCUCCUUUGACGACUCAUUUAGACUUAAUUGUAUUUCUUCUGGACGUAUGCCCUCAUAGAACUUGAACAAAAGACCGCGGGUUUAAAUAAAUAAAAAGAGAACGCAGAGCUGUGCUGUUGUAUUGCAUUAUGUAUCUAGUCUUGCUAGCUAGUCUAGCAUUCCGGGAAGAGGAUCCGUAAGACCGGCAGGACACAAUUUCGGCAGCUUGCUCCUAGCAAGCAAAAAACCGCUGUUGACGUGUUGGCUGAACGCACGAAGAAAGACAGGGGGGAGCGCAAGAGAGCUGCUGCAUUCAGCACCCAGGAAUGGGCUCGGGGCUGCGGCCCACCAGAAAGGAACGCAGAGCUUUGCCCCUGUGAGGCCCUCCAGCUGCCCACCCAUGCCCACUGCUGUUGCAUGGAGGGAAGAGGAAGAGCACCCUGCAGUCUGCCAUCCAGCCCAGAACCCACGAUUUCUCCAUAGCCCCUGUGGUCCGGAGCAGCCAUGUUCAGGAACAGCUUGAAAAUGCUGCUUAGCGGCGGCAAAUCCAACCGCAAGAACCGCAACAGCGAUGGUGGGAGCGAGGACCCCGCAGAGCAACGCCCGUCCCAUGUAGACCCGAGACUGAGCCACACUGGGCAAGGUGGCAGCUCCACAGACAGUGACUGUGCCUUUGAAGGAGACUACGCUGUGCCCCCACUGCCGGUGACAGAAGGCAUGCAGCAUAUCCGCAUCAUGGAGGGCAUGUCUCGCUCACUGCCAUCCUCGCCUUUGCUCACACACCAGACCAUCAGCAUGCGGCUGCAGCCAAUGAAGAAGCUCACAGCCCCCCUGCGGAAAGCAAAGUUUGUGGAGGGCCCUCGCAUUCCCGAGUCAGAGCUUGGCUCCCCCACACACACCUCUUCCCUUGCCAAGAAUCCCAACCUGGAUGCAUACUGUCCCGGGGAGUCGAACCAGGAGCUGGGCCCCCCUCCAUCAGUGGACGAGGCGGCCAACACCCUGAUGACGCGGCUGGGCUUCCUGCUGGGAGACAAAGCGAGCGAGGGGCCGGCCGGAGAGCAGUACAGCAUGGAGGAGCAGGACGACAGCCAGGGCCUGGUGGUGACCCAGCGGAUCAGCCCCUGCUCCACUCUGACGAGCAGCACUGCCUCGCCUCCGGCUGGUAGCCCCUGCUCCACCCUGCCCCCCGCUGCCCCGGGGAACCCUGGAAACAAGGACUGUGCCUACGGCUCCGUCACCAGCCCCACCUCCACGCUGGAGAGCAGAGACAGUGGCAUCAUAGCCACUCUGACCAGCUACUCAGAGAAUGUGGAGCGAGGGGGUAAAUAUGGGGAGGGGUCACGGGGCAACCUGAAGCUCUGGCAGUCCCAAAAGUCAGGCAUGGACUCGUGCCUGUACCGCGUGGAUGAGAACAUGACCGCCUCCACAUACAGCCUCAACAAGAUCCCCGAGAGGAACCUGGACACCAUCUCGUCCCACUCCGUCCAGUCCAUCCCCCUUUACCUAAUGCCCCGCCCCAACUCUGUGGCAGCCACCAGCUCGGCUCACUUGGAGGACCUGGCGUACCUGGAUGAGCAGAGGCACACCCCGCUCCGCACCUCCCUGCGGAUGCCCCGACAGACCACGGGGGCCGGCCGCUCCGGGCAGGACCUGAGAGCUUCCACUAACAUCCAUGCCUGGCAAUCCCAAUCACUGCGCUUCGCCCCCUACCGGCCCCCUGACAUCUCGCUCAAGCCCCUGCUUUUCGAGGUGCCAAGCAUCACCAUGGAUUCAGUCUUCACCGGCCGCGACUGGCUCUUCCAAGAGAUAGACACCCAGCUAAGCAGCACCGAUUCCAGCACGAACCGCGGCGUGGUGGUGGUGGGCAACAUCGGCUACGGAAAAACCGCCAUCAUCUCACGGCUGGUGGCGCUCAGUUGCCACGGCACCCGCAUGCGGCAGAUCGCCUCCGACAGCCCCCACGCUUCACCCAAACAUGGAGAGGGCCUGCCCCUCAGCCAACCCCAACCCUCCCACGGCACCCUGGGAGGGGGCAGCUGUCCCGGGACCCCCGAAAUGAGGCGGCGCCAGGAGGAGGCCAUGAGGCGGCUGGCAUCCCAGGUGGUGGCGUACCAUUACUGCCAGGCGGACAACGCCUACACCUGCCUGGUGCCGGAGUUUGUGCACAACGUGGCGGCGCUGCUGUGCCGCUCGCCGCAGCUCGUGGCGUACCGCGAGCAGCUGCUGCGGGAGCCGCACCUGCAGAGCAUGCUCAGCCUGCGCUCCUGCGUGCAGGACCCCCUGGCCUCCUUCCGGAGGGGCGUGCUGGAGCCCCUGGAUGCCCUUUAUAAAGAGAGGAAGAUCACCACCGAAGAAGACCUCAUCAUCCUGAUUGACGGGCUCAACGAGGCAGAGUUUCACAAACCCGACUACGGGGACACCAUCGUUUCCUUCCUCAGUAAAACCAUCAGCAAGUUCCCCCCCUGGCUGAAGCUGGUGGUCACUGUCAGGACCACUCUGCAGGAAAUCACCAAUCUCCUCCCCUUCCACCACAUCUCGCUCGACCGCCUGGAGGAGAACGAGGCCAUCGACCAGGACCUGCAGGGCUACAUACUGCACCGCAUACACAGCAGCCCCGAGAUCCAGAACAACAUCUCUCUCAACGGCAAGAUGGACAACACGUCCUUCGGCAAGCUGAGCGCCCACCUCAAGGCCCUCAGCCAGGGCUCCUACCUGUACCUCAAGCUGACCUUCGACCUCAUCGAGAAGGGCUACCUGGUGCUGAAGAGCUCCAGCUACAAGGUGGUGCCGGUCAACCUGGCGGAGGUGUACCUGCUCCAGUGCAACAUGCGCUUCCCGACGCAGUCGUCCUUCGAGCGGGCCCUGCCGCUGCUCAACGUGGCUGUGGCCUCGCUGCACCCGCUGACGGACGAGCAGAUCCACCAGGCCAUCAACGCUGGCUCCGUGCAGAGCACCCUGGAGUGGGAUGACUUCCAGCAGCGCAUGGACAACCUGGCCGUGUUCCUGGUGAAGCGGCGUGACGGCACACGAAUGUUCGUACACCCCUCCUUCCGGGAGUGGCUCAUCUGGAGGGAGGAGGGCGAGAAGACCAAGUUCCUCUGCGACCCCAGGAGUGGCCACACGCUGCUGGCCUUCUGGUUCUCACGGCAGGAAGGAAAGCUGAACCGGCAGCAGACCAUCGAGCUGGGCCACCACAUCCUCAAAGCACACAUCUUUAAGGGCCUAAGCAAGAAGGUUGGGGUUUCCUCAUCCAUCUUGCAAGGGCUGUGGGUGUCCUACAGCACAGAAGGCCUUUCCACUGCACUGGCUUCACUCCGGAAUCUGUACACACCUAACAUCAAGGUGAGCCGGCUUCUGAUGAUGGGCGGGGCUAAUGUGAACUACCGUACAGAGGUGCUGAACAACGCCCCCAUCCUGUGUGUUCACGCCCACCUGGGCUACAUGGACACCGUGUCCUUGCUGCUGGAGUUCGGGGCCUCAGUGGAAGCCGCCUCUGAGAGCGGCCUUACCCCGCUGGGCUACGCUGCCUCCGCUGGCCACCUGCCUAUUGUCACCACCCUGUGUCGCAAGAGAGCCAAGGUGGAUCAUCUGGAUAAGAACGGCCAAUGUGCACUGGUGCACGCGGCCCUCAGGGGACACAUGGAGGUGGUGAAGUUCCUCAUCCAGUGUGACUGGACCAUGGGCGGCCAGCAGCAGGGCGUCUUCAGCAAGAGCCACGCUGUCCAGCAGGCUCUCAUCGCCGCGGCCAGCAUGGGCUACACCGAGAUUGUGUCCUACCUGCUGGACCUGCCGGAGAAGGACGAGGAGGAAGUGGAGCGUGCUCAGAUCAACAGCUUCGACACCCUGUGGGGAGAAACAGCUCUGACCGCGGCAGCAGGGAGAGGCAAGCUGGACGUCUGCAGGCUGCUCCUGGAGCAGGGGGCGGCCGUGGCACAGCCCAACCGCCGCGGGAUCGUCCCCCUCUUCAGUGCUGUUCGACAGGGCCACUGGCAGAUUGUGGACCUCUUGCUCACGCAUGGCUCUGACGUCAACAUGGCAGACAAGCAGGGCCGCACCCCUCUGAUGAUGGCAGCCUCUGAGGGACACCUGGGUACAGUGGAGUUCCUGCUGGCACAGGGUGCGUCUCUGUCUCUGAUGGACAAAGAGGGGCUAACAGCGUUGAGCUGGGCGUGUCUCAAAGGCCACCUGCCCGUGGUGCGCUCCCUGGUGGAGAGGGGAGCGGCCACCGACCACGCCGACAAGAACGGCCGCACACCCCUCGACCUGGCCGCCUUCUAUGGAGAUGCAGAGGUGGUCCAGUUCCUGGUGGAUCACGGAGCAAUGAUUGAGCACGUGGACUACAGUGGCAUGCGUCCCCUGGACCGGGCAGUGGGGUGCCGCAACACCUCCGUGGUGGUGGCUCUGCUCAAGAAAGGAGCCAAGAUAGGAUGUCAGACGCUGCCCAGUCGGCCCCGAGGUCCAGCAACAUGGGCGAUGGCCACCUCUAAGCCCGACAUCAUGAUAAUCCUGUUGAGCAAGCUGAUAGAGGAAGGGGACGGCUUCUAUAAGAAAGGGAAGGUGAAGGAGGCGGCCCAGCGCUACCAGUACGCCCUGAAGAAGUUCCCCCGUGAGGGGUUCAGUGAGGAUCUAAAGACCUUCCGCGAGCUCAAGGUGUCCCUGCUACUCAACCUGUCCCGCUGCCGCAGAAAAAUGAACGAUUUUGGAAUGGCGGAGGAGUUCGCCACCAAGGCGCUAGAGCUGAAACCAAACUCAUACGAGGCCUACUACGCCAGAGCCCGCGCCAAGCGCAGCAGCAGGCAGUUCCAGGAAGCCCUGGAGGACCUGAAUGAAGCCAUCAAGCAGUGCCCCAACAACCGGGAGAUCCAGCGCCUCCUGCAGAGGGUGGAGGAGGAGUGUCGGCAGGUCACCCAGCCACCGCAGGAGGAGAUGGAGCCUCCCCCGUCCCCGCCUCCUCCCCCGCCCCCCACCGAGGAGCCGCCCCCGCCGCCGGAGCCCCGGCUGGAGGACAUGGAGCCCGUGCAGGAUCUGUUUGAGGACGAGGACUACCUGGAGCAGGAGCUGGAGGCGGUGUCUAUCGGCCUGCCGCCUGACUCCCGGCCCAGCCCGGCAAGCCUGCCCAUCAUCCAGAGCCCCCCGCCUUCCCCAGCCCACCGCGACUCCGCCUACCUCUCCGGAGGCUCGCCGCUGGGUCAGGCCUUCGACUUCCGCCCCAGCCCCACUUCCAUGUCCUCCCCAACCCGGCAGAGCUACCAGUCCACCUCGCCGUCUCUGUCCCCCACACACCAGAACUCUCACUUCCGGCCCAGCCCCCCGCAAACCUCUCCCGCGCACCAGGUCUCCUCCUACCGCUUCAGCCCCCCGCCCCUGGGCAGCGGAGGAGGAGGAGGAGGAGGAGGGGGAGGAGGAGGCAGCGGAGGAGGCCAGGGGAAGGACUAUCAGAGCCCCCCUCCCUCCCCGCUGCGCCGGGCCCCCCAGUACAGAGCCAGCCCCCCUGUGGAGACUGUGUGCAUGUACCGCUCGCAGUCGGGUUCCCCAGUGCGCUACCAGCAGGAGCAGCUCCCCGGCCGGCCGAAGUCCCCGCUGUCCAAGAUGAGCAGCCAGCGCUCCUUCCAGCUGACCUCCCAGCCCUCGCAGUCCUCCCAGCACCACCAGCAGCCGGGCCUCCGGCUACAGCCCGCCAUGGCCCAGAUUGUGCGCACCAACCAGCCCAGCUCGGCGGUGCACUCCAGCGCCGUCCUGGGCAGCAGCACCUACGGCCAGAUGGCCCACCCGAUUAGCAGCCGCUACCAGGGUGGCUCAGUGGAUGUGGAGAGCCGGCUGGUGUACCAGCCCUCGCUGGAUGGGCGGCCCAUGGCGCAGGUGCAGGCCAGCCUGAGCGCGGGGGCCUUGUGUCAGCACGGGGGCCGGGGCGGGGGCGUGGAGCCCGGCCUGUCCAAGGACGAGCUCCCUCAGCGGCCCUCGUCAGCGUACCGCGCCACCAGCGGGGGCCCGGGGGGCAUGCGCUACAGCCAGACCCCGCAGAUCAGCCGCAGCCAGUCGGCCGCCUAUUACCCCGUCUCCAAGCACGAGCUGGAGCGCGCCGCCGCCGCCGCGCUGCCCCAGUGCCAGCUGGGCUCGCCUGAGAUCCCCCACCUGGUGCGCCGGCCCGUCAGCGCCAACACGGGCGAGAUCAAGCAGCACCCGCCCACCCCGCGGCCCCUCAUCCACUCCCAGAGCGUGGGCCUGCGCUUCUCCCCCUCCAGCAACAGCCUCUCCACGGGCUCCGCCUGCAACCUGGCCCCGGGCUUCCGGCCCUCCGCCUCCAUCCAGCAGAUGGAGAUCCCGCUCCAGCCCGCCUACGAGCGCCAAUGCGACGACCUCUCGCCUGUCUCACCCUCCCAGGGGGGCGACGGCAGGGGCGGCGGGGCGUACCAAGGGGAGACCACCCGCUCGCGGACCACGCCCUUCAUGGGCAUCAUCGACAAGACGGCGCGGACUCAGCAGUACCUGCACCAGCCUUCGCGGCCGUGGGCCGUGUCCUCCCUGGACACGGUCAUCACUAGCCCCACCUCCCCGGGGAACCUGGCACAGCAGGGGGGUGGGGGCACCUCCUACAGCCCGCCCACCUCGCUGGGCAACAUCGCCUACUACAACAAGACCAAUAACGCCCAGAACGGGCACCUCCUGGAGGACGACUACUACAGCCAGCCGCAGCCGUCCUCUCUGGGCAAGCUGGCCAACGGCUCUCGGGGCGACAUCCUGGAGAGGGUGAGCCAGGUGCCGACCUACCCCGAUGUGAAGGUGGCACGGACACUGCCGGUGGCCCAAGCCUACCAGGACAACAUGUACCGGCAGCUCUCGCGUGACUCCAGGCAGGGCCCCACCUCACCCAUCAAACCAAAGAGACCUUUCGUGGAGUCGAAUGUGUAAGAGAACUGGGAUUGAGGAGGGCGAGGGGGAGAGGCUGCUGAGCUGUGUACUCCUCAGUGUGAUUGUUACAUUAACCAUUAACAGGUGCACACCCGUCACUGAUGCUGUAGGGAUACAGGAUAAAGUGGUUACCACCACAGCCUCAAGCAACCUUAUACAGACCACAUCUGGUAAAUGCAGAAUACAACUCCCUGUAUUCCGUGCAAGCUCAGAUUUGCACAUAACUGUUUAGAAGCCCUGGGAAAAGGUUACUCAUAAAGCAAGAGUAUUUGAAGUGCGCAAUAUUUCAGACAUUGCUUUCUCCUUAAAGGUGGUUCUUUUUUUUUCUUUAGAAAGCAAGGUAACGGGAUGUGGAUGUAAAGGUAAAGUGUGAUCUGAAGCAGUGAGAGGGGCUGCAUUAAACAUCACACACAGAAUGAAUCAACAGUGCACUCGAUCUCGGGAGAUGCUGUAGAGCACAGGAGCCUCUCCUCCUCUGGUGGGGCUUGUGCCCCCCACCCCACCCCAGCAUGUCCCGUCUUGUCGCUGAGGCCCCAUCACUUAUCUGUGGAAGAUAAACUCUCAGUCCAUCCCUUCUCCUUAAAAUACAGAAA